CCCAUCUAGUCGAUUCUCGGGCUUCCGGGUUAAGGAUGAGAGAGUCCCGUCUUUCCGAUCUUAUACGAUGCGAUGUAUUCUCUAGGCCCGUGGCAACCUCCACUUGCGAUAUCGCCGCAGACGUAGGGCUUGGGCAAGAUUGGGAAUAAAAGGGGGCCUACGACCAUGGGCUUCCUCGAGAUUGAAGUUCCAGCAGAUUACCAGCUUCAGGUUUCUCAUCCAUUCGUCCGCUAACCCAGCACAAUUACCUGAUACACCAGCCGGGAGCCUUCUCUUUCUAUCAUGAUGCAUCGCAAAGCAACCACCGUCGCUUUCACGAGCCUGCUGGCUCUGGGUCGAGCGCAGCAGAUUGGCACGCAAGAUGCCGAGACGCACCCCGCGAUCACCUGGCAGCAGUGCACUUCGGCUAACCAGUGCAGCACCAUCAACGGCGAGUUGGUCAUCGACUCCAACUGGAGGUGGACGCACGUUGUCGGCGGCUACCAGAACUGCUACGACGGCAACGACUGGAAUAGGACGGCCUGCCCGAACAACGAACAAUGUGCGCAGAACUGCGCGGUCGAGGGCGCUAAUUACGCCGGGACGUACGGAGUAACGACAUCGGGCAACGCCGUGACCAUGAAGUUCCGUAACGACCACCAGUACGGAAGCAAUAUCGGCUCCCGUCUGUACCUCAUGAAUGGCGCCGAAAAGUACCAGAUGUUCACCACCAACGGAAACGAGAUCGCGUUCGACGUCGAGAACGCCGACCUCGGCUGUGGCCUCAACGGCGCCGUCUACUUUGUAUCCAUGGACGAGGACGGAGGCAAGGCCCGCUACCCGACCAACAAGGCCGGCGCCAAGUACGGCACCGGGUACUGCGACUCGCAGUGCGCUCGCGACCUCAAGUGGGUUGGCGGCAAGGGCAACGUAGAAGGAUGGGAGCCGUCGUCCACGGACGCGAACACGGGAGUCGGUAACGCGGGAGCCUGCUGUGCCGAGAUGGAUCUGUGGGAGGCCAACAGCAUGUCUUUCGCCUUGACGCCCCACCCUUGCCAGCAGGAGGGAUAUUUCGUCUGCCAGACGUCCGACUGCGGCGGCACCUACUCCGGUGACAGGUACGCGGGGACCUGCGAUCCCGACGGCUGCGACUUGAACCCGUUCCGCCACGGCAAUACCGACUUCUACGGCAAGGGCAAGACGGUGGACACCAGCAGGAAGUUUACCGUCGUCACUCGGUUCCACGGCUCCGGCACCACCCUCAACAGCCUGUCGCAGUACUUCAUCCAGGAUGGCAGGAAGAUUGACGUCCCGGGCUCGAAGUACGUCAGCGGCGGGAGCACGAUCGAUUCUGAGUUUUGCGAGGCUUCCAAGAAUAUCUUCAAGGACAACAAGCGAUUCCAGGAGCUUGGAGGCCUGUCGCAGAUGGGUAAGGCUACGGGCACGCCCAUGGUUCUGGUGUUGUCCGUCUGGGACGACGGCUAUUCCAACAUGCUCUGGCUCGACGGACAGAGGUACCCGCUCGACCGGGACCCGUCGGAGCCUGGCGUCCCCCGCGGCGAGUGCGACGUCAACGGCAGCACGCCCACAAUUGUCCGUGAGAAGUUCAAGGACGCCAAGGUUACCUACAGCAACUUCAAGUUUGGUCCUAUCGGAUCGACCUACAACUUCUAAGCGGGCCAGAGUUUCCCACCGCGCUCGACGGAGUGCCACCGAGAAACACGAAGGCUGAAGAAAAAAAAAGUGGCUAAGAAUGCUGUUUACUUCUCUGUUUAAAGUUACCAUGAACCCAAAACCUAGUUUGUAUAUACGGGAAUGAAGUUAGGGGAAUACGGGAAUAAAAUGUGAGAUGCCGUUCCGGCGAAAAGUUUCAACUUGGCACCGCCUUCGCGACGUAUGCGUGGCACGUAAACCUACUACGACGACGGGAAUCUACGUUGCGGUGAAAUAGGCGGCGAUGAGGCGGUGAACGCAAGAAUGUACCUGUAGGCAUCU